AUGGCGGAGGUGGUCUUCACAGGUCCGAGUCUGUGGAGGCCUCAGCAAAUGGAGUGUGUGGACACUGCCAUUCAGCAGCCACCUUGGGGUGGAAUGCGACACAGCGAGAAGAUGGCCAAGAUUAGCACGCAAUACUCCCAUCCCACCAGGACACACCCCUCGGUCAGGACCACGGACAGAGAUCUGGAUUGCAUUGAAAACGGUCUCAGCAGGACCCACUUGCCAUGCGAGGAGACAUCAUCAGAACUGCAGGAAGGCAUUGCCAUGGAGACUAGAGGACUGGCUGAAUCCAGGCAAAGCUCCUUCACCAGCCAGGGACCCACCAGGUUGUCACGCCUCAUCAUCUCGCUCCGUGCCUGGACCGCCAGGCACUUACACCAGGAGGACCAGAGGCCCGACUCUUUGCUGGAGCAUUUCCACGGAGCCGAGCUCAAAGAGGUGUCCAGCCAAGAAAGCCAUACCCAGUUCAAUGUGGGCAGCCAGGAUCCACCAGACAGAGGGAGAAGUGACUGGCCCCUGGCCAGAAACAACACCAACACUUGCAACAACUCAGAGAAGGAUGACAAGGUGAAAAAGGAGGAGAAAGAGAAAAAGGAAGACCCCAAGAAAGAGGAGAAGAAGAAGGACAGUGUUGUGGUGGACCCUUCCAGCAACAUGUACUACCACUGGCUGACUGUCAUCGCCGUGCCUGUCUUCUACAACUGGUGUCUGCUCGUGUGCAGGGCCUGUUUCGAUGAGCUCCAGUCCGAGCACCUGAUGCUUUGGCUGGUCCUGGACUACUCAGCGGACAUCCUCUAUGGCGUGGAUGUGCUGGUCCGAGCCCGGACAGGCUUCCUGGAGCAAGGCCUGAUGGUCAUGGACGCCAGCCGGCUGUGGAAGCACUACACGAAGACCCUGCACUUCAAGCUGGACGUGCUGUCCCUGGUCCCCACAGACCUGGCUUAUCUUAAGCUGGGCAUGAACUACCCAGAACUGAGGUUCAACCGCCUACUGAAGUUGCCCCGGCUCUUCGAGUUCUUUGACCGCACAGAGACAAGGACCAACUACCCCAACAUGUUCAGGAUUGGGAACUUGGUCUUGUACAUCCUCAUCAUCAUCCACUGGAAUGCCUGCAUCUACUUUGCCAUUUCCAAGUUCAUCGGUUUUGGGACCGACUCCUGGGUCUACCCAAACAUCUCCAACCCAGAGUAUGGGCGCCUCUCCAGAAAGUACAUUUACAGUCUCUACUGGUCCACCUUGACCCUGACCACCAUUGGGGAGACCCCGCCCCCUGUAAAAGACGAGGAGUAUCUCUUUGUGGUCAUCGACUUCCUGGUGGGCGUCCUGAUUUUUGCCACCAUCGUGGGCAACGUGGGCUCCAUGAUCUCAAACAUGAACGCCUCACGGGCCGAGUUCCAGGCCAAGAUCGAUUCCAUCAAGCAGUACAUGCAGUUCCGCAAGGUGACGAAGGACUUGGAGACACGGGUGAUCCGCUGGUUCGACUACCUGUGGGCCAAUAAGAAGACAGUGGAUGAGAAGGAGGUGCUCAAGAGCCUCCCCGACAAGCUGAAGGCCGAGAUCGCCAUCAACGUGCACCUGGACACCCUGAGGAAGGUCCGAAUCUUCCAGGACUGCGAGGCGGGGCUGCUGGUGGAGCUGGUGCUGAAGCUGCGGCCGGCAGUGUUCAGCCCCGGGGACUACAUCUGCAAGAAGGGGGACAUCGGGAGGGAGAUGUACAUUAUCAAGGAGGGCAAGCUGGCAGUGGUGGCCGAGGACGGCAUCACCCAGUUCGUGGUCCUCGGCGACGGGAGUUACUUCGGGGAGAUCAGCAUCUUGAACAUCAAGGGGAGCAAGUCCGGGAACCGCCGCACAGCCAACAUCAGGAGCAUCGGCUACUCCGACCUGUUCUGCCUCUCCAAGGAUGACCUGAUGGAGGCGCUCACCGAGUACCCCGAGGCCAAGAAGGCGCUGGAGGAGAAGGGGCGGCAGAUCCUCAUGAAGGACAACCUGAUUGAUGAGGAGCUGGCCAAGGCCGGGGCUGACCCCAAGGACAUCGAGGAGAAGGUGGAGCACCUCGAGACCUCCCUGGACACCCUGCAGACCAGGUUCGCGCGGCUCCUGGCUGAGUACAACGCCACUCAGAUGAAGGUGAAGCAGCGGCUCAGCCAGUUGGAAAGCCAGGUGAAGAUGGGCCUCCCGCCUGAUGGGGAUGCUCCGCAAACGGAGGCCAGUUAG